AAGAUCUAGAUAUAUCUAUUUAGAUCUAGAUUCUACUAUCAAGAAAGCUCAUGAAGUAUAGAAUAUCGAUCUAGAUAGUAUAGAGCUGGAUGCUAAAAAAUUGUAACGUGAACAUUUAUGUUUUAAAUAUUUUAUAGGUAUUUGUUCCAAUCAAUGUUCUGUAAUCUGAGACCUGAGACUGAUCUCCUUAGUAAUCUGUAACCAGCAGCCAUUGACUGAUUGAGUUCAGAGCUGUACUUAGAAAAUGAAAGAAAUGAAAUCAUCAUUUCCUUCAUUGUUGAGUGAAUAUGUUGAUAUCAAGGUUGAAAGAAAAGAUCCAGUUAUUGAAACAAAAAAGCCAAAACAGCUUUCUCUUCAAAGAAGUUCAUUAUCUGGGGUUGCAAAUAAAAAUCCAAAACAUAAAGUCAUUGAGAAUGAGAGACUAGAGAAGAUUGCCGACAUCUGGGACCUCGCCAAGGCCGAGGUGGAGCACGACCAGCAGAAGGUCCUGAGGCAGAAGGUCCUUCUCCAGCGGGCACUCAUCGCAGCCCAGGACGCCAGGGCCCAGCAGCUCAGGGAGGAGGAGGGGGACGUCAAGUUCAAGAAACGCAAUGAAGACAAGAGAUUGAAGGAUGAAAGGCUGGCCUCUUUACAGACCCAAUUUAAAAAAUCAAUAGAUUCAGAACGCAAAUCAAAACAAAAUCAGACAAAUGUCCACCACACCCCUGACAAGGUUGAAAGUAAGCAGAGGGUUUCUGAGGAAAAAAACUCCUCUAUUGGGCCUGCAGCUUCAUCUAAAGCUACUCUAACUGUCAGGGAACACCGAGAGGAACAUGAGGGUCAAAUGGAGCAACUCAACCACACGUCUGCUCAUGGCAGCCAAUCAGCUCAAGGUCCCAGCCUCCACACCAACUCAAGGUCAGAAAGGAGAAAGUUAGCUAACUCUGUUUUCCAAAAUUUGCAAGGUCAUUUGGGUGCAGAGCACAUUUGGACACAACUGCGUUCAGAUUCCAUAAACAAACUCGAAAAAGCGGACCAGUUGUUCCCAAAAACAUUGAAGGAUGCUUUUAGUGCACAUGUCAGAGAAGGCAUCACAAAACACAAGAAACCAGUGUUCCGUAACUUUACAAUCAAUGAUGAUGUACCUGACUUAAAACUUCUUAUGGAUCAAUCCUUGCUGAGGAGUAUUAGAACAACACGUCACAAAACAGAGCUGAUGUUUCGCUCGUCGCAGACCAACAAAGACAGGACAAAGAUCUUGAUGUACAAUAGUACUUGGCCAGAUGUUGCAGAGGGAGAGAGCAUAUCUAAAUACCUUAUACCUAUAGAUGUUUCUACCUAUGAUGGUGCCCAAAGUGAGCAAUCUUACAAAAAAUGGAUUACAAGGGCAGCGAUGUUAGAUGCCCCUCAAGAUGAAAAAUGUGCUACUUUAGAAAGAUACUCAACUCCAGUCUUGGGCUCUGUGGACAAUAUGGCUGAUCAUCUUCACAAUGUGUGGAGUUCUGCAAACAGAAGGAAAGAGCCUAGGUACCAUUUUUUAACUGAAAAAGAAGCCACUGUUAAAGGAUCAUUUUUUAACAAGGGUAAAGAUAAUCAACACAUUGUCCGUCAAAAUCAAAUGCAGUUACCAAGCCUUCAACAAGACUCAUCAGAAAAAGUUUUUGAAGCACAGUUAUCUAGACAAGCAAGUAAGAGUCUGUCCAAAUGGGAACCUUUGAGCAUGAAUGCACUGAUUGAAUACAAAGAGCAGAUAUUGGCAGAUGGUUUUGGUGAGUUUCAACAUGGGCGCUCUAAGAUGUGGAACAUGGCUGCUGCAUCUUCUCAAUAGUUGAUUGUUCAUUACGUGUGAUUUGAUAUAUUGACAUGACUCAGUGAUGCUUUGUUUGCUGCUAAAUCUGACAAAAGUAAAUGUUGAAAAUAAGAAUAACUAUUUUUUAAAAUGUCAGUUUUAUCUAGCGUUAAAUAAACUAAAUGUUGCUGUACAUCACUACCAUCUUAGAUUCUUUGUAAGAUGGUUCCUUUACUGACUGGGAUAUGUAGGGAAUUUACUUAAGGGUAUUAUGUAUGUGUGGGGAUAACUAGUUUUGGGCUUUUCUAAAUCUGUAUGGAUUGCACAACAAGGCAAAAAUUAUUCAUCAUAACUGGCAGUGUGAAAACAUCUAUGCACAGUUAUGGGGCUCAGCAGCAAGCAUCGAGCUUGUUUUAAUAUUGAUUUUGUUACUUUUACAACUAAUUGUAAACUUAUAGCCUAGAUUGAGUAUCCUCAUUUCAGGCUAGAUUUACGUGAAGAGUAACACUCUAUCUUUAUUAUUUUGUUGGUUUUUUUUUUUUUUUUGUUUACGAGUAAGAAUAGACGAAGAGUUAACUUGCAAAUUCUUUAAUUUACUAAUGAAAUGCUUCAAGAUAGUGUUAUUAUAUAGAGUCUGAAUUGAUCUUGAAAGUGUUAUACAACAUGUAAUGUGUGUAUAUGACCUUGUUGGCAUAAUUUAAUUUAACAUUCCUGUAUCAGAUACUAAUUUAAAUUUCUUUUACAUUAGAACCUGCCCACACAUUCCUAUAGAUCCGUUGGUUGAUCAAAAUUGAGGUUUGAGAUGGUCCUCUGUCGACCAUUUUCCCUCUGAAUGAACUUUUGUUGACUUUAACCCUUUCCCCGGCAACAU